AUUGGACUCAUGACGCUGCAACGGUGGAUGAUGGGAUACCGAGCCGUGGAGGUCAGAGAAGCUCCAAAAUGUCGGUGGUAGGUUUCACGUCCUUGAGCCGCUGUGGUGUUUUGGCUUUCCGCUCCUCCGCGGGACUUGUGGCGGUGCGUUGUGCUCAGACAGCAGCAGCUCCAGCAGCUCAGCCCAGAAUAAAGAAGUUUCAGGUGUAUAGAUGGGAUCCAGACACUCCAGGAGACAAACCCCGCAUGCAGACCUACGAAAUCGACCUCAACACUUGUGGCCCAAUGGUUCUUGAUGCCUUGAUUAAGAUCAAAAAUGAGAUGGAUUCCACCUUAACCUUCCGUCGCUCCUGCAGAGAGGGAAUUUGUGGAUCCUGUGCAAUGAACAUCAAUGGAGGCAACACACUCGCCUGUCUCAACAAGAUAGACACGAACAUAAGCAAGCCGACAAAGAUUUACCCCCUGCCACAUAUGUAUGUGGUGAAGGACCUUGUACCUGAUAUGAGUAAUUUCUACGCUCAGUACAAGUCAAUUGAACCGUACCUGAAGAAGAAGGAUGAGUCCAAAGAAGGGAAGGAGCAGUACCUUCAGACUGUGGAGGACAGACAGAAGCUGGACGGUCUGUAUGAAUGUAUCCUGUGUGCCUGCUGCAGUACGAGUUGUCCCAGCUACUGGUGGAAUGGAGACAAAUACCUGGGACCUGCUGUGCUUAUGCAGGCGUAUCGUUGGAUGAUUGACUCACGAGACGAGUUUACAGAGGAGCGUCUGUCCAAGCUGCAGGAUCCCUUCUCUCUCUACCGCUGUCACACUAUCAUGAACUGCACCAAGACUUGCCCCAAGGGGCUGAAUCCAGGCAAAGCGAUCGCUGAGAUCAAGAAGAUGAUGGCCACGUACAAGGAGAAGAAGGCAGCGGUGGUGUGAACCCUCGGCUGUCCUCCAGUUCAUUGUUUCCCUCCAUGAUUAAAUUAUAUAUUGAUUAAAAAUGCUUUCUGAGGUCUGAAGGGCCAUUGCACCCGUCGACUCCAACAGUACACACUGUAAACUCUAACACUGAUGUGUGUACGGAGCGACGUGAUGUUAUAUAAACGCACAUGUACAGUAUGAAUGCAGGAGAGAGAGUGUGUAUAUGAGUCUUACAUGUACCAUUACAGAGAUAUUUAUCUCAUGCUCAGCUGUGUGUAUGUUUGUCCACUUUGGAAACUUGAUGCUGCAGACGUUUCUAGAGUGUAAACAUUUUAUAUCUGGUUUCUUUUCAAUUUAGCAACUGCUUCACAGACAUACAGUUUAUAUGUUCCCUCAGAUCUUCCAACAUACCAAUAGCAGUGUUUGUUUGAUGGAAAAUAAAUAGUUUGCCUGCCA